AUGGAGAUAAACAGUCUCAAGUUAUACUCGGCCUAUGUGAUCCUAGCCGUACUUCUUCUACGACUACUCACCAACCGAUAUAAGCGAGGGCUUCGAGAUAUCCCUGGCCCAACAUUGGCAAAGUACUCGCGUUUAUGGAAGCUCCAUAGUGUCUGGAAAGGCGAUCAUCACCUCACAGAUAUUGAUCUGCAUCGUAAGCAUGGACCAUUGGUGCGAAUUGGCCCAAAUCAUAUCUCAGUCGGCGAUCCCAAUGCGAUUCCUAUUAUUUAUGGGCUGAACAAAGGAUUCACCAAGUCAAUAUCAUGGAACAAAAAGCCCCAAAUGAACCUCUUCUCGACGAGAGAUGAGAUUUAUCACCGCAACCAAAAGCGAAACAUAGCCAACGCUUAUAGCCUCACCUCUCUUCUGGAAAUGGAACCAGCAGUCGACUCCUGCACUGCAAUGUUCACCUCCCAACUCGCCAAAUUCGCCGAUAGCAAAACCCCGAUCGACCUCGGCAUCUGGCUCCAAUACUACGCCUUUGAUGUCGUCGGCGAAAUGACCUUUGCCAAGAAGCUGGGAUUCCUCCAAGAAGGACGUGAUAUCGACGGUAUGAUUGGGGCUAUCCAGGGUAUGCUUGUAUAUGCCAGUCUAUGUGGCCAGAUCCCUGAGAUGCAUAAUGUUCUUCUUGGGAAUCCUCUUUUCCCGAUCUUCGUCCCUAGCAUGGAGUCUUGGAAUCAGGUCGUGCAGUUUACUUUGAAGGCUAUGAAUUCUCGUGUAUCACUCCAGCGAGACGGUGAAAUUGAUCAGGAUGGGAAAGAUGGAGGGAAGGAUAUGCUGUCUCGGUGGAUGGCGAUGCAUCGUGCUGACCCGGAGAAGUUUUCGACCAGAGAUGCUAUUGUCCAUUUGUCUGCGAAUGUGUUUGCUGGAUCGGAUACUACGGCCAUUGCACUUCGUGCCAUUUUAUACUUCCUCAUGCGCAACCCGGAUAUCAUGGCCAAAGUACAAGCGGAGAUUGAUACCGCAGUCCUCGAGGGAAAAGCCGGCAAUCCUAUUUCCUACCGCGAAUCGUUGGCUCAUCUCCCAUACAUGAGUGCUGUCAUCAAAGAGGCAUUGAGGCUUCAUCCGUCUGUGGGUUUAAUCCUUGAGCGUGAGGUACCGAAGCCAGGCGUGACGAUCUCUGAGAAGUAUAUACCUGCUGGGACGACCGUUGGCAUCAAUGCGUGGGUGGUGAAUCGAAAUAGUCAGGUCUUCUAUGAUGCAGACUCGUUUAUUCCAGAGCGUUGGAUCAAUAGUUCGCCAGAGAAUCUGAAAGAGAUGGACCAUAGCAUCUUUACCUUUGGGGCUGGGUCGCGGACUUGUCUUGGGAAGAAUAUCUCAUUCAUUGAGAUGCAUAAGAUUGUGCCGCAGUUGCUGCGAGAAUUCGACAUCCGACUGCAUCGCUCAGGGGGAUGGAAGACGAGGAACAUUUGGUUUGUGCAGCAAGAUGGGUUGGUUUGCGAUCUUGUACGGAGGAAUGGGAGAUAG